AUGGCGUUUAGCUUGGUGUCGGUCCCUUCGCCACUGUGUGAGCUUGGGAGGCGGCCACCCCUUCCUCGGCGGAGGUGCGUCGUCGUUGCAGGGAAGCUUCUCACGGUGCGUCUAGUCUGGAUUUCAUCUGUCUGCGUCUGGGAGACUCGCCGAUUAUUGUCCCUGCUGUUACUAGUUUUGGGUUGCGGGAAGAAAGCGUCCAGAUCUACCUUGCGGGAGUCUUUGGAUUUUUCGGUGCGGGUGGUGGGUUUCGAUUAGGAUGGAUGGGGUUAUGUUCAGGCAUUUGAAGUUUCUUUCUCUUUUCUGAGGAAUCUUGAGGAUCGUGGUCUCAAUUUUUCGCCCUUUUACGUGAUAAUUUUUGAGUUAGCAUAUAGGUUUUGGAUGGCCGUCGUGUCGUUUUACUCGAGAUGUCAUGGAAAGAGGUCUCGAGUGUUAUCUGUCAUAUUCUAAUUCAGCUGUAGUAGUCCAAAAAACGUGUAUUUUAAAAAAUCUUCUCAAAUGAUUGGUUUUUGUUUUAGUUUUUAGAACAGAUACCAAGUGAUUCCAACUCAACUGUCAGCGUGUACUGCAACCGGUUUACAGAUUUGUCCAUUGGAUUCCAACAAAGCUUUCUGUAUUGUAAUCAUUCGGUACUAGGUCUUUCAAGGUGCUUUUAACCUGUAGUCCCUAUGUUUAGGGCUUCAAUAUGUUACCUAGGAUAUGUUUCUGAUUCCUUCAAAACACUUGUAAGCCACAUAGAAGAGUCCAAAAUGAGAGUCUUCCAGUUCCAACUUCUGAUAAGAAAAUAGUCUGACUAUACCAAUUUUUCCAUGAUGUCAUCUCGGAUAGUAUCAUAAGGGAAAAUGUCUCUUCAGAAUGUGAUUCUGAAGAUCCCGUCCUUUGAACUGACUUAUUGUUUUAAUCCUUUUUUGGCUGUUAUUGGUAUGAUCAUGUUCUUGGGCUUCUGAAUAACUUGGUUGGGGGAGAUAAUGAUCUUAUUUUUUCCCUCUUUCUUCACAUAUGCAACAAGAACAUAGAGAUUAACAUUUGCAUCCCAAGUUCGAGAAGUAUCAUUUUCCCAGAAUAAAGAGAGGAGGGGGAUGAGUAUUUCUAGAAACCAUAGUUAAUUGUGGUGUAUGUAUGCCAUUUUCAUCAGCUAACGUCAUCAGUAAUUUCUCUCUGGGACUGGCCACAUUAUAUAUUUUUUUUUCCCUACUGGAUGUAUAAACUUCUUGGAGAACUAAUCUCCAAGGAUCAAACCACAAUUCUAUUUCUAAAAGUAGGAAGAAUUAUGCAUGCAAAUGUACACAUAGAUGCGAAGAUACUGAAGCAUGUUUGAUUGCUGAUGGAGAUGGAUGAAUGAUUUGUAGUUUAGGUUGUGUAUAUUUGCACCAUAUGUGAAUGGAUAUAUAUGGGAGCAUGCAAGAGUGCUGACGGAGAUGAAUGAAGAAUCUGUGGCUUGGGUUUGUAAAGGUUGAGGCUUUGUUUUGCCUGCUAACAUGGGGGUUGUGUUGGAGAUAUCUGUCUGUUAUUCACAAGAAGCGCCACUGCUGGAAGAGAUUUAGUUCCUUUCUUAGAAGAGUGUCUGAUGAUCACUCUGGUGUUUGCAGUAGAAAUCCCUAUAGCUGGUCCUGGAUUCUUUCGCUGAGUGGGUUUUGAGAGUUGGGCGUUGCAGGAGUGAAAAAUCAGAACCCUGUGUCUUUUCAUCCAUAAUUCUCUUUGCCAAUAUUAUCGAGCACUAUCUCGAUGAGGUUUGUGUUCCCACUUGCAUUUUCAUGCUCCUUUAUUUUAAAUUAAAUUCCAAUUUUCCUUUCUCUCUCUCAAUAUUUUGAGAUUUGGGUGUAUAAUCUGCAAAUUAGAUGAUCUGGGGAUGCUUGUUGAGCGUCAUUAACCUAAAUUACGAGUAUAAAAGUGGGCACAAGGACACUGAUUCUGAAUCUACUAAGAAACAAUGGAUCAAUGUUUCUUUGGUGUUUUCAGUUGACAAUUCGGACGAAUCUGAGGAGACUUGAACAGAGUAUUUUUAUUUUUAAUGAGAAUCUGGUCCAUGGUUGAGCUGAUAACAGCCUCCCUCACACCAUCUUCAACAUCGUCAACUAUGUUUCUUGACAGUAUUUUAAACUUGUCACAAUAAAGAUAUAAUACGCUUCUAGUACUUUGGGUGAUUUCAGUUGAUAAUUCGGAUGAAUCCAGUAAUACUUUAAUGCCUUUCUUUUUUACUUAGAAUGGGAAGCUAAGCUGUGCUUGAGCUGCCGGUAUCCUCCUUCACAUCAUCUUCAAGUCGUUGACUCUGUUUCUUGUCAGGGACCAGAAGUGAGCGUUGACCCUCAGCCACCCUCUGAAAAUGGCUUCUCCAGGAGGGCCGCCAUGGUGUGCUUGGCGGCUUCUCUGGUCGCCUCAAUCUCUGCAGUCAGCCCUGCGGAAGCCCGCAGAAUCAAACCAGAGACCAUUAGAAAAAUCCGGGAGAAGCUCGAGAAGAUGAAGAAGAAGGCUGAUUCAGGCGCCGGGGGAAGCAAGGAGAAGCCGCCUCUCCCACCUCCCUCACUUAACGAUCUGGCUGGACCUCUGGUUGAGAUUACGCUCUGA